UGCUUCCCCUCUUGCUCUAAAAAGACUCUUGCUUUCUUCCCUCCCCAUCGGACCCUGUCGCAGCUCGACGCCUGCAUGCCCUUCUUCUCUUAUCUUUGAAAUGGCGCUGCCACACGCACAGAUCGCCCUGCUGCCUUGCCUGCCUAUAAGUAGCAACUCCCACCUCUGCUCAUUUCCAUAAGCUAGAAGCUACACACACCACAUCAAGCUGAGAGUGAUAGCAAGGCAUUGACCAUUUGACCCCAUCUCGAUAAUGGCCAGGCUUCACAUGUCCUUGGUCGCCGCAGCCGCCGUCCUCCUCGCUCUCGCUGCCCCCACUCUCGCCGGCGACCCCGACUUGCUCCAGGACGUCUGCGUCGCUGACUUGGCAUCCCCGAUCAAGCUGAAUGGGUUCCCGUGCAAGGCGAACAUAACGGCGGAGGACUUCUUCUUCGGCGGCCUCAAGAAGGCCGGCAACACCAACAACCCCGCGGGCUCCGUGGUGACGGCGGCGAACGUGCUGUCGUUCCCGGGGGUGAACACGCUGGGCGUGUCCAUGGCGCGGAUCGACUACGCGCCGGGGGGCCAGAACCCGCCGCACACGCACCCGCGCGCCACGGAGAUCAUCUUCGUCACCGAGGGCGUCCUGGAGGUGGGCUUCAUCACCACCGCCAACAAGCUCUUCACCAAGACCGUCACCGUCGGGGACGUCUUCGUCUUCCCGCGCGGCCUCGUACACUUCCAGCAGAACAGGGGGAAGGGCCCCGCGUCGGUUAUUGCCGGGUUCAACAGCCAGCUCCAGGGCACGCAGGCCAUCGCCGUCACGCUCUUCGGCGCCGCGCCGCCCGUACCCAGCGACGUGCUGGCAAAGGCCUUCCGGAUCGAGAACUCGCAGGUGGACGCCAUCAAGGCCAAGUUCAUGUAGGCAGGCAGGAUCCGUCUGUCAGCAACUCUCUGCAUUCGCGUGUGUGUGUGCUGGGAUAAAAGAAUUGACUGUUGGUUACUGAAUAAUGUUACCCCAAGUGAGCUGUAGCGUGUAGUUGAUUCCUUGAUGUGUAUGUUCCAUUUGUUUGUCUUCAUUCAGAUAAUAAGAGCUUGUUUCUGUCA